AUGAAGACCGCUGUGUCCAAAUUACCGGACGGCCAUGGCUAUGUCUAUAAGGAAGUGCGCUUCUCGCCAACGGCAACCCCUGUUCGUCGUGCGCAAUCGGUUUCUACAAGCACCCCUUCUAUGAGCUCUAAAUACCGACCAGCGCGGAUACCUCAGGUUCCCGAAGACCUAGUACUCGGCUUGGACACAUCAUAUAUCGAUCAGUCACGAGAACUCCUGGAGAACCAGCGGGCGCAUCUUGAAACCGAGCGGGCACUGUUCGCCCAGGAACGACAACUAUGGGCGAAAGAACGGACGCUUUUGCGGACAAAGAUUUCAGAACUAGAGUCAUUGCUGAAGACGAAACGGAGCCAAUCCAUUGCCCACCCCCUCCAAACCUGCGUUUGGGACCCCGCAGUGUGGGAAGGGUCAAGUCCAGGAAGUCGACCGACGAGGGUAUUCCGUGAUGAGGAGAUCCUAGACAAUGCUCACCUAUCCCCGAUCAGCGAAGGGGGCGGCAGUAACCCUCCGUCCCUCGAUGCAGCACUUUCGCCACGGGCACGGGCAGUAGACGCCUCUGGCGUGACCGUCAGCAUCCCCGUGCCCAUCGAAAAGCUUGACAGCAGACUGGAUGGGAUCACGCUCAAGUCUACUGCAUUGCCACCCGGGGUCGUUGCUCGAGUGAUCACCCCACCCUCACCGUCGCCCCUAGAGACCUCCUCCCCAGCUCCAGCCUCUGCCCCUUCAGAGCCCGCAAGGCCGGGGAUGGAACAUCGACACAGUCUCAGGUUGAAGCUGUCAGAACUCGGCCGACCCAAUGAGAACCUCGUCAGGGAUGCAGGCCACACCCCAAUGGCGAUCAUCGAGGCGGAUGGCAGCCAGCGGACCACCCAGGACGCUUCGCCCGUUGAGAUACCCCCGUGCGAGGACCAGGAGGAGGAGGCCCCUUUGGCGCCUAUGACCACCCAUGUCCACCAACCCUCCGAACAUGCAGAGUCCUAUUUCCCCGAUGUACCUGACGAUCCUGCCCUCCAGGGGCCCCUUGGUCUGACUAAUGAUGAAGAACACGACAGCAGCUUCCUGAACGAACUUGAUUCGCGACUCCUGGACCAGGCCAAGCGCAUCUUGUAUACCUCGACGGUAUCUGAUGAUGUCGAAGAGGAUGAUGCAGAAGCGCCUAAUCAAGGCGAACCGGAGCCGGAAAUCAAAUUUAAGAAAUCUACCAAUUUUGGCACAGCAUUUGGAAUGUCUAAUCUUGGGAAAAUCUAA